AAAACUUCCGCGAAACACCAAUCGCAGCCAACCCUUGCAGCCUCGCGUCGCAUCGCGCAUUCCCCCUGAACGUUGACGAGGAUUCUGUCGGUGCAAUUCUUCCUACAACGUGUCGAAAUCUCAUAACGUAUAUUGAUUCCGAACAUAUCUCAGCCUGCUCGUCCUGAGCGCACUGGUUCUCUGCGCCUCGUUGAGCUGAGCUCAAUGCGCCAAAAUGGCCCCGACAAAACCGACCGUUGAGCACACGGUCGACCGCACACCCGAGUAUGAGAAGUUCAUCGAGGAAUUGCGCACAUUCCACGCGAAGCGCGGUACAAACUUCGACCCGGAACCUAAGAUGGGAAACCUGACUGUCGACCUGCUCAAGCUCUUCAAAUAUAUCGUCGACCACGGCGGUUAUGACAAGGUUUCCGACGAGAAGCUGAUGUGGCGGAAGAUGUGUGAGGGCCUGGGCUUGAUGCGGCACAAUGCGCCAGCAGAUGCAUAUACGCUGAAACAAAUAUUCUACAAGAAUCUGGCAGCAUACGAAAUCAAGACGAUACACAACAAGGAACCUCCACCGCCCGAGAUUCUGGAAUUCACUACCGCCAAGGGUGGUGGCCUCCUGACGCGGACACUGGAGUCGUUUCAGGCCAGAAACAAGGCUGACAGAGAAGGAUCGACUGAAGAUGGUACCCCAAGUAGGGAAAGGCGGGCGGAAGAUACCCCAGCAUCUGGCCGGGCUUCCCGUGGUCUGAGAGAGGCCCCAGCCCCAAGGGUCAUCUUCCACCCGGAUACCAAUCCAGCGCGGCAGAGCCGACACGCUUCGGGCCAACAUUCCGGGGCGUCCGGCUCAGCUACGCAUUCUCAAUCCCAUUCUCAUCUUCCGCACAACUCGCAGGCACAUGGCAACACGCCGGUCUCAACACCUCAAGCCCAUUCCCAUCCCAGUCGCGGAGGCACAUCUCAUCAGUGGGCCCCCAUGGGACCUGACCUGAAUAGCCAGUUGGUGCUAGGCUACCAACCGCAGCAACCGCAACCGGUGCCGCUGCGUAUUGUCGACACUCCGAUCAGUAACCCGGAGUUGUUUGCAAGGAAACAGCGCCUCUUGCGGCAGCCAGCAGCCCCGAUACCCAAUCCGGGGGCGUUUGUGCGAGCUUCUGUUCCUCCAGGGACCCUCGACGGGCCGAAUAUUUACGAGCGGUGUCUUCUAUCCCUCCGGUCGGGCAUCAGAGCAGAACAGGCCUUCGGUUUGAAUCACUUGGUCAAGAUCUCUUAUGAGCGCGGUGAUAAGUACAAGUUCGCACAGUUCCCUGGCCUCGCAGAAGGGCUGACCGAGUUCGCUCUCGGGGUCGGGAACAUGUUUUAUGAUGUCGAGUGGACUAUUUCGAACGACCCGGAUUUCGACGAAGGUGAGGUCGGCGAGCUCGAUGGUAUCAAUGGCACCGCCGACAUCCUCGAAAGGAUCGCUCAACUCCAGCCCAAGGACGUACAUGACAACUUUCAGCCCGCUGAGUUCACUGACCAGCUGACGUUGGUCACCGAAGCCGUUUUGACCAUUCGAAAUAUGGUCAUGUUACCUGACAACGCUUGGUACAUCGCCGACUAUCCGCCUGUCAAGGAUCUGCUGUGCAUCAUACUCAACCUCCCGCCGCUGGAUCUCGUGGUUGAGCUAAAACACUGUGCUCUCGACAUCGCGGAGCAAAUAACCCCAUACUUGGUUCUCGACUCCGACGACUCGUUGUACCAAACCCUGCUGGCGCAGCUCCAAUCAUCGGACCGUGGGACCAUUCUCACUGCUCUCCGAGCCAUCGGCCGUAUUGCCAUGAACCAUGCCACCGAGACGAACAGGCUGGGCGGCGUCUCGCCUGCUACCUUACAGUCUCUCAUGGACUGGCUCCUGCUCAACGACGAUGAGCUCCUGGACGCGUGUCUGGAUUUCCUCUACCAGUACACAGCCGUCGUCUCCAACCUGGACGUUAUGUUGGAGGGGACCAAUGUCGAGCACCUUGUAGUGCACCUUGUCCGGCUACUCUCGCAUGGAGCUAAGCGCACACACCGAGAGAUUGUUGUGAGCGAGGCGCGUCUUGCCUACGAACCCCCCUCGGAGCAGGUCAUCCCGAUUCCCAACGACUUGCAGGAACGUCUCCUCGGCAUGGAAGAGCCCGAGCGCUGCUAUGCUUGGCUUCGCUGCUUCUUCGAGGAGGACGCCGAGGCCCAAAUCACCCAGAUCGCUAUCUGGCAAGCGUACAACGCAUCAUUCCUCGAAUCCCUGAAACGCCUGGGGCGCUCUAUGAUUAACGCUCCAGAGUUUAUCAGGCACAUAAGUACCGUCUGGAAAAACGCGGGGGCGCAAGUAAUCCGGGAGGGGCCCAACGGAGAGGUCCAGAAGUUUAUUAUGCGCGGAAUCCGCCCUAGGUCCCACCCGAUAACUCCGGAAGGUCAAGCAUACUUCCAGUGCCAGUGGCAGCGUGGCCCCGGACAACCUGUCAAGUGCGGGAUCUGGAAUCUCACCGCCGAGAAGAUGUGGACACACAUCCUAGCCAACCAUCUAAACGUAACCGCAGGCGAGGAUGGCAAGUAUCCGAACCGCGAGGCCAACUUGAUCUGUCUCUGGGAUGGCUGCACAAAGUAUACGAAACCAACCACCAUGAAGCUCAACCAAUUCAUGACACAUAUGAAAACCCACCUGAAAGCCGAAGAGGCCCGCCACGCCGCCCUAGCCGCGGCCCAGCCCGGCGCUGACCACAUCAACUCACAAGCACAACAGCCGUUCAGUGCUGGUGUCCCCGGUGCCUCCCCUUCCAAGCGCAACUCCAAUGCGGGUGUCGCCUCCAAAGCGCGCGUCAUCAAGCCCGCCAAGACGAUCACCAUCACCUACGAAGAAACGGCCAGCGCGCGCGACGAGCGCAAUCCCAAUGCCCCGCCGCAGGCGGCCGGUAUCCCGCUAUCUGCGGUGCUGAUCCUGCGGAACAUUGCCCGCAACGUGCCCAAGACCCAGGCUGAGGAAAAGCUGGUCAAGGAAGCUGCCCAGAAGCGGAGCGAACAAGGUGAUAAUGAGGACAACAGUACUGAUGCCGACCGGGCUGAGAAAAUUGAAGCUGAGGUUGGCGGGUGGAACGAGCGGCUGUUCCGGCCGGUGAUGCCCCGGUUGUGGGAGGUGUUCACGGAGAACCGGCUACUGUCGCCGUAUGUGACCAGUCUGUUUCAGUUGUUGGAUUGGAAGGAUGAGGCGGAUGCGCUAGAGCGGCCAAAGCGUUAUUAAGGCGGUGAAGAGCGGGGCGGUUACUACUAGGUUGGAUGAGCGUCGAUCAAGUGGUCGCGGACUUCAAUCAUCCUCGAUGAACUAAUCCCGGGGGUUCAGCCUGCAUACUGGGGUUUAACAAUGAAAACGGCUACUGCGUUGCCUAGAGAAUGGGAAGUGGUUGGUUCAGGGAAUGGCAACAAGACGGAAGACGGACGCGGCAAGCCAGAGGGAGCAUGGCGACCGAAUAACGGGUUUGUGGGUGUGGUUUGUGUAUGUACAGUAAUACCCUUCCUUUGCCUGGCUGGAGUUGAUGGGAUUGAUGGGGGAAAGGGAUGUAGUACUUUGCUGACAGCGGACGAGAUACGUCAAGGCUUCUAAAAGGUGUGUAAUUGUUGGUAUAUGGAGCGAUACACCAGUUAUGCAAUG